CUUUGUUAUUUUAGAUUUUUGUGUUUCGUUUCUUUUCGUUCAGUUCGAUUCCCUUUGUUUCCGUUAUCAAAAUUUUUUACUUAAAUGAGCUCUCCUGAUAAAGUUAUCGAACCAAUUCGUUCGGAAAAUGGCUUUUCCUUUUCCUCUGGUACCGUUAAGGUUAAAGACAGUGACGCCGUCAAACUUUUUGUUGGUCAAAUACAAGUUAACAUUACUGAAGAUGACUUACUUAAAUUUAUGGAGCAAGUUGGUCCAGUUUUUGAGUUAAACAUACUCAAAGAUAGGUCUACUGGUAAAUCUAAGGGUUGUGGGUUUGUUUCUUACUGUCAUAGAAAGGAUGCCUUCAAGGCCAUCGAGAGAUUUCACAAUAAAAUGAUUUUUCCUGGCGUAAAGAAUUCUAUGCAAUGCAAGUUGGCGGAAAGUGAAAAUCGUGAAGAAGAACGGAAGCUAUUUAUAGGCAUGUUAUCGAAGACAUGCACUGAAAGUGAUUUGAAAGAACUUUUUUCUCCAUAUGGCAUCGUGGAAGAAGUAAAAAUUCUUAAGACUCCUGAGGGGCAAAGUCGGGCUUGUGGCUUCGCUGUUUUUCAAAUAAGACAGCAAGCAGAGUUGGCUAUUGAGGGUCUAAACGGCGUGCACACAAUGGAGGGCGCCGGCUCUCCUCUGGUUGUGAAGUUUGUGGAUCCCGAAAAGGACAGGAUGUUGAAAAAGUUACGGCAAGUGCAGCAGCAAAACAGCUAUACUUCCUCCUACGUCAACCCAGCAGCGGCCUACCCUUUUUCCAAUGGAUCUCCGUUGUAUCAGUAUUGGUUCUAUGAUGUCCAGCCUCAGACUGCAUGGGAACUGAACAGUUCUAUCGGAAUCAACCCGAUUGCUCCUAGCGAGCCCCACUGCCUCCCUCUCGGGCCGGGAGUGGCUUAUAACGGUUUUUCCGGCUAUAGUUAUGAGGCGUACUACGCCCAGCAGGCAGCCUUGACAGCUGCAGCGGCCGGUCACCAGGCAAAAGGCACUACGGCCUCCAAAAUUUCUGAGGAUGCUAAUCUUUUUAUCAUGUAUCUUCCGAAUGAUUGGACAGAUAAUGAUCUUUAUACGAGAUUCACUCAUUAUGGGAAUGUUCUGAGCGCCAAAGUGUAUAUCGACAAGAACACGGGCCAAUCCAAGUGUUUUGGAUUUGUUAGCUACGACUCCCCCCUCGCAGCGUCGCGGGCUAUUCAAGCCAUGAACGGUUUACAGGUCGGCCAAAAACGGUUGAAAGUUCGGCACAAGAAUGAUCGAGAAAAAAUAAUAAAGCCUUACUAAUUUUUAUAUGCGCGCUACUCUUAUUAUUAAGAAGUUUUUUCAGAAUAAU